AUGGAUAAUCGAGAAGGGUCUGGCAAGGCCAGGAAAAUAAACCAGACACACCGAAUUGCUGGAAUAAUUUCCUCUUUGGGCUUUGCCAUAAGAUCUGCAGAAGAAGUAUCAAACAAAUGGCAGAAUAUAAGAAGAAUUGCAAAGGAAGAGGUGACAAGUGAAAAGCUGCAGAGACGCGAGAGUGGUAGGGGCUUGGCAAGUCUAAAGGUUGCAUCGGAGCAAUCACAGAGGAUUGUCUCUGUUCAUGGCAAUGCAAGCUUCAGCGGCAUAACAGGAGGGACGGACACUGACGAAAAUGAUGGUUUGAGCUAUAUUGCUAACAUCCCAUCAGUGGUCCCACAGGAGGGAGAGGAGCCCUCUGAUUUCGAGCCAACAUGCCUAACUGAAGUGAAACAGGACCCCUGCACCUCGAGCUUACGGGCAACGUUUGCAGGGAGAGCUUCUGUACCAAAGCGGAAGAAACCCCUAAGCGAGGAGGUUGCCGAGUGGCAAAUUCGUUUCUUCAAAUCUCAGGUGGCAUUGUCAGAGAAGAAGCAAAAGCUGAUUGAGACACAGCAACGGGUACUAGAGAAAUAUGAGAGGCGUAUGGACAACGAGGACAUUGACUCUUUCAUAAAAAGCCAAUUUUUCAAUUAA